CAAUAAUUUUCAGGCUUUUGGCAUGCUAGCAGAGAGAACGGCAAACAAGGUUCAGGAUAUGGACUUCACACCCCUCUCCCUUGUUCUUCUCUUCUCACCUUUUCUGCUCAUUUGUUGUGCUGUGAGAUUUUCAUACACGAUCUGGUGGAAACCCAAAUGGCUGGAGAAGAGGCUACGGCAGCAAGGGAUUCAAGGCACACCUUACAGGUAUUUGAUUGGGGACAUGAAAGAGCUUGUAAAUCUGACAAAAGAAGCAUGGUCCAAACCAAUCAAUCUAAACCACCAAAUUGUACCGCGGGUCGACCCAUUCACCCACAACAUUGUGCACAGAUAUGGGAAUGUGUCUCUGUCUUGGAAUGGGAAAACGCCUCGGCUGAUCAUCAAAGACCCAGAAAUGAUGAAGGAAGUGAUGUCUAAUAAGCAAGGUCACCUUCAAAAGCCACCACUAAACCCUUUCGUUCUCAUUCUAUCAAGGGGACUAGCAACACAAGUAGGUGAAGUGUGGGCAGAACACAGAAGGAUAAUCAACCCAGCUUUUCACCUAGACAAAUUGAAGGGCAUGAUACCAGCAUUCACUGCCAGCUGCAGCACAAUGAUAGAGCAAUGGAAGAAAUCAGCCAGUCUCCAAGGAACUUGCGGAGUGGAUGUUUGGACAGAAUUUCAGGAUCUUACUGGCGAUAUCAUAUCCCGAACAGCAUUUGGGAGCAACUAUGAAGAAGGAAAGAAGAUCCUUGAGCUUCAAAAGGAGCUGCAAGUACUAGCAAUUGAAGCCAUGCGGACCCUAUAUAUUCCUGGUUACAGAUUUAUCCCAACAGAAAAGAAUAGAAGAAGAAAGAUGCUGGACAAAAAGAUCACAUCCAUGUUAAGGAAUUUGGUUGAGAGGAAAGAGGAAUUAAUGCAAAGUGGGGAAUCCAGGGUAGAUGACUUGCUAGGCCUGCUCUUGCAAUCCAAUAAGCAGAGCAAUUACCCAGAAAACACCAGCGGCACAAAAUGCAACGGAAUGACAAUCGAUGAAGUAAUAGAGGAAUGCAAGUUGUUCUACCUUGCUGGUCACGAAACAACUGCAAGCUUACUUACAUGGACAACGAUUGUCUUGGCCAUGCACCCGGAUUGGCAAGAGAAGGCAAGGGAAGAAGUUGCAAAAAUUUGUAGGAAAGGGAAUCCAGAUUUUGAAGCUAUUAGUCACCUAAAGAUUGUGACCAUGAUCCUUUAUGAAGUUUUAAGGUUAUAUCCGCCUGCGAUUGCUCUAUAUCAACAUGCUUACAAGGAAACAAAGACAGGAGAUAUUUCCGUCCCAGCUGGUGUUGACAUCACACUUCCUUUGUUACUUACUAAUCAUGAUCCAGAGCUCUGGGGAGAGGAUGCUGAAGAAUUUAAAUCCGAGAGAUUCUCUAAUGGAGUUUCAAAGGCAUCUAAAAGCCACCUUGCCUUCUUUCCAUUUGGAUGGGGACCAAGGACAUGUAUAGGCCAAAAUUUUGCCAUGAUUGAGGCAAAAGUGUCUUUGGCCAUGAUUCUUCAACAUUUCUCACUUGAGCUAUCACCUUCCUACACUCAUGCUCCUUAUACUGUCAUGAUACUUCAACCACAACAUGGAGCUCAAAUUACAAUACGACGACUCUAAGUUUUAAGUGUUACCCAAAAGAGCAUAGCAGAAAUGCAUAAAUUUACUUUUUAAGAAAAAAGUUUGGGACUCCGAAGGUGCUCUAUUAUAAAUCUCUGUCUAAGAGCUAUGUACUGUUAUUUUUCCACAGUAAAAAUGCUUCAAACAUACAUUUGUUCA